AUGGUGGACUCCUUCCAACGCAACAGUUGCCCUUCUGGCAUCCGAGGAAUGUACAGCCUCCGAGUAGACAAUAUCUCUUGUCGCACCACUGCGGGCGACCUCCUGGCUGUGUUUGGCAGAUAUGGCACGGUCGGUGAUAUCUACAUGCCGCGAGACAAGCGGUCAGGCGAACAGCUUGGCGGUGCAUAUGUGCGAUACCACACCCGCCGGUCUGCGGAAAAGGCACUGUCUCGCACAGAUGGAAAGAUGCUUGGCAGGCGCCGUAUGAGAGUAAACAGGUCCGAACGAUAUGGUUGGCCAGAGCCGGAGCAGGCACAUAGACACCGUAGUUUCGAUUAUGCCAGUCAUCGCAGUGGUGACACUGGUGGCGGCUCCAGGAGAUCUUCGUCUCCAUGCCGACAGCGCCACCACAGCCGUAGUCGUAGCAACGACCGGGAGGAGUCCCGUCGACGUCAUAACAGAUUCGGUAGUACCGGUACUGACUCGCCCGGCCCCCACGCCUGUGGUGGUGGCUCCAGGAGAUCUCCGUCUCCAUGCCGGCAGCGCCACCUCAGCCGUAGUCGUAUCGACAACCGGGAGGGGCCCCGGCCCCGUCGACGUCGUGCCAGAUCCGGUAGUCACUCACACGCCCCACACGCCGGUGAUGGACGUGGUGGCAGUGGCCAGAGUAGUGGUGGUAUGUCGAGAUCGCGAUGCCGCUCCCCAUACAGCUCACCGGAUGCCGCACGUCAAGUGUACUUUCGCUCGCGUUCACGCUCGCCGACGAGAUCUCACGGCUCUCCACUACAUAGCUCUCCGCAAAGAUCACCCCGUGGCGCCAGGCAGCGUAGCUACUCGCGCUCUCGUUCACUGCUGCGUCUGGCGGAGCAGUCCCUGCUCAUAAAUGUACAUUAUCUGUAG